AUGGCGGCCGUUCCUCAACAAACACAUGCAAGCAUACAAGCAAGUGUAACCGAUAGUUCUGGAGUCCUYGUGAAGCAAACAGGUGGUUUAAAAGGAAAAGCCCUAUACGCAAGCAAAACAUUUUCAAAAGGGGAUACAAUCUUUAAAGAAAAACCCCUAGUUUGUGUGCAAUUUUUAUGGAAUGCAGCGUACAAAUACCUCUCGUGUGAUAACUGCCUGAAGUCCCUAGAACCUGCCCAAGAAAUGGCACGAAGGCUUUGUGGAAACWAUACUCUAGUUUUGCCUCACAAUGAAGAGUGUUGCGCGGUGUUGAACUCACAGAAAGAUGUUGUCGUUUGUCCUCGAUGUAAGAUARCAUACUGCUCUGAAGCAUGUAGACAAUCUGCUCUUGAUCAAUAUCAUAGCAGGCUUUGUCUUGGACAUGCUGGAGAGAAUCCUGACCAUCCUUUAGUCAAACUACAGGAGGUGUGGAAAACAAUUCAUUAUCCCCCAGAAACAGCAAACAUAAUGCUUCUUGCAAGAAUGAUUGCAACUGUUCUUCAGGCAUCAGAUAGUAAACUGGCAUUGGAAACUUUUAACAAUUUUUGUCAUUCAGUUGUUAACACAAAAGAGCAGAUUGCACACAAACUUCUUGGGCCAAAAUUUCAGCAAGUACUAGAUUAUAGUUGUACAAUUAGUUAUUCUAGAUUUGAAAUUUUAUAUUUACUUUUCUUGGUAAUUUAGUGGUUUACGACAGAGGGUUUUCAGUCUCUCUUUGCACUGAUUGGUACAAAUGGACAAGGCAUUGGUACAAGUUCCCUCAGUGUUUAUGUGAAAAAACUAGAAAGUAUGACAAAUAUUUCAGAGGAUGAACAACAAGCUAUUGAUCUGUUUUUGGAUGAUCUKUACGAGGAGAUAGACAAAGUGUCUGGUCAGUUUUUAAACUGUGAGGGAGCCGGACUUUAUAGCUUGCAAAGCUGCUGUAAUCACAAUUGUGUACCAAAUGCAGAAGUUACUUUCCCAUACAAUGAUUCAACUCUAGUCCUAGAGGCUCUACAAGACAUUCAAGAGGGAGAGGAAAUUUGUAUAAGUUAUUUAGAUGAAUGUCAAAGAGAGAGAAGUAGACAUAGUCGUCAAAAAUUCUUAAGAGAUAAUUAUCUUUUCAACUGCGCUUGCGCGAAGUGCGAGCUUCAAGCAAACGACCCUGACGUGACGUCGAGUGARGAGGAGGAAGAAGAUGAUGAUGAAGAGAUGUAAAAUAAUGUCAAGUUUAUUAUUGAAUCAUAAUAAUAGUACUUCUAUACGGAUAAUUCCUGAAUAAAUGAAGUUUUUAAGCUGAAA